AUGCCCCUCGAGCGCAGCCCCAGGGUGCCCGUGGUGCCCGCAGACAAGCUGGAGGGUGCCGAGGAUGCGAUUCAGGUGGAGAGCGCUCGGAGCGCGGCGCCGCCUGCCGCCUGCCGCACCCGCCACCGCCCGGCGGUGCUCUUCGACGACUAUUUUGCCAUCCUGGGAACCCGCGGUUCUGCGAAGGUGGCCCUGGGCUUCAUCACCUUCGUGUCCUCGGUCCCAGGUGUGGCAGCAGAAUUCAGCACCCCUGGUGCUGUGCAUGGGAUCCGCUUGGGUUGCCAGCAGCUUGAGGUGCAGGUCAAGGGGCUCCAGCAAGACCAGCGGACGCUGCCAUAG